AUGCUGGUUGCCGGAGCUAACCGCCGCGGCUAGCUGGAGGGGGGUGGGGGGCAGACGGCCAAUAUGGAAGUGCUAAAGCCGCCCAGUUCACAGCGACGGCGGCGGCGUCGCGGAGACCUUGGCAGGCGGCCCUUUGCUGCGUGGGAUCGGGACGACGUCUGCGGCUUUAAGGCCGUGGUGGCCGUGGGAUGGACCUCGGUCAGAUAGCCACAGACACCCCUCCCUGUUUCGGGGAGCUUUCUUCACUUCGGUGGGGAAGCCGGUGCUAAGCGGCCGAGGCGAGAACCGGGCUGCUUGGGUUUUUCCCGUCUCCGCCUCGAUUACUUUGUAUACAGUAUUUCUCAUCAUUUACUCACUUUAAUUAUGUUUUAUGUCCUCUCCCCUUCCUUCUGUUAGUUUUUUGUCAUUAAAAAUCUCCACUAUCACUGCAGGCCUUUCAGGCUGCGCCGGUGUUUCCUAUUGGCCGGCGGUCCCUCGGCCGGGCCUGGGGGCCUGGGGUGUGACGGGCAGCCUGCUGCGGCCACCGCAUAAUGCGUGUCUUAGUGGGGAGGAUGUGUUAUUUCCCGCCUACCCAGCCCUCGGAGCCUUUUUGUUAGCCGGUCGGCGCGCUGUAUCCGGGCGUCAGUCGCGUGUCCGGGAGCUGUCAGCGGUCGAUACGGAGGGAGGAAAGGGGGAUGCCCGGUAAUAUACGUGGUUUUGCACCAGAGCACGACACACGGGUCGCACAGGGCCGGGGGAUGCGUCACUUCCGGGGUGGGUGACGCAGCUGUCAUUGCGACGGUGUUUCCGUCUCCCCGGUUAAUUCUGGUCAAGGACUAUGACCGCUCGAGUACUCUAUAAACAAUCGCUUUUUGGCUUAUUAUUCGUCUAGUUCAGAGGAGUUUAUUGUGGUGUGCUGGAUUCUCUGUGCUGUAUCCAAGGCCUGAAGUCCCGUAGAACGCCGCCGGCGUAACCAGCGUCCCUCACCCUUUGUUGCAGCUGAUGCAGGAUGGCUGUGAAUGUCUAUUCCACCUCAGUCACCAGUGACAACUUGAGUCGCCAUGACAUGCUGGCAUGGAUCAAUGAGUCCUUACAGCUGAACCUCACCAAGAUCGAGCUGCUGUGUUCAGGUGCGGCCUACUGCCAGUUUAUGGAUAUGCUGUUUCCCGGCUGUGUGCCUUUGAAAAAAGUCAAAUUUCAGGCCAAACUGGAACACGAGUUUAUCCACAACUUUAAAAUAUUGCAAGCUGGGUUCAAGAAGAUGGGUGUAGAUAAGAUUAUCCCUGUUGACAAAUUGGUGAAGGGGAAAUUCCAGGAUAACUUUGAGUUUGUCCAGUGGUUCAAGAAGUUUUUCGAUGCCAACUAUGACGGGAAGGAGUAUGACCCAGUUGAAGCUCGCCAGGGUCAGGAGACGGUGCCCAUGCCCAACUCCGCAGUGCCUGCCCUGAACAAGCCGAAGAAGGUGCUCAACACCGAGGUCCGACUCUCUCCUAGAAAGGUGCCCAAGCCCGCUGCAUUGAUUGCUCCCCAGCGAUCGGCGGCUGUUCCCAAGACCACUCCCAAGAUGGCCCCCAGUUCGGCACGGAGGCCAGGGAUGGGAGGCGGCGAUGAUGACAGGGCCGAGCUCAUCCAGGAGAUAAAUAUUCUCAAGUCCACCAUUCAGGACAUGGAGAAGGAGAGAGAUUUUUACUUUGGCAAGCUAAGGAAUAUUGAAUUGAUAUGCCAGGAGAAGGAGGGCGAGUGUGACCCAACCCUGCAGAGGAUCGUGGACAUUCUUUAUGCCACAGAUGAGGGGUUUGUCAUACCGGAUGCAGAGUCAGAGGACCAAGAGGAGUUCUAAUGACCUUGCACCUUGUCAUCGUCUACGCCCCGUCCCACCAAAACACACCCACACCCCCCACCAGAUCAUGUUAAGUAUUUGGUUCUGAAUGAACUUUAAUUAUUUCAGAUGUAUCUGGCUGCAAAAAAAAGUACCCCUUCUGGGGACCUGUCAUGCUGUGCUCUGAUUGGUUGGGAGGGGGUCAGGUGCAGCGCGUUGUUUCUGCCGAGUUGCCGUAGCGACCCGUCAGAGAUAUUCACCUUCCCCCUGGUCUCCUCUCCCCUCCGAAGCAGAGUGAGAUUAUUGGCACCUGUACACUUUUUUUUGUUUUAUUUUUUUUAAUGUCACCUCUUCACUUUUUUUGUAUUGGAAGAAAAACCUGGUUGUUGUGAAUUUAUAAAUGCCCCCAAUGUUGUGUGUUUUUUUUAAAGAUUGUAAUUAACUGCUUAUGAUCAUUUUUACUAUUGGAAUUUAGUAUUUGACUGUUUAGACAUACUGUGGAGACACGCUGUUCAGAAUAGGCCUCUUCCUCAGUUUACCACAUUUCUCUUCUUCCUCUUGGGCUGUGUAGUGCUUAGGGGUAUACAGUCCUUUUUUCCCAGGAAAAAAGGCACGUUAAUUGCAUUUGAAAGGCAUUUUUACUACUUUGUCUAACGUUCAUUCUAAAUAGGCAGGAUUUAAAACCUUUGUCUGAACCUCUGGUCAGAUCCAUUUC